AUGGUUUAUGAUCGUUAUAUUUCGGGAGUGAUUAUCCACGGAGUUGGAUAUCAAAUGAAUAGAUACUUUCAACGAAAAAGGAACAUAGAUAGUGUUGAUGAGGGGGCAUCGAAUAAUGUGGAUGUUGAUAAGGGGUUAUCGAAUGAUGUGGAGUUUGAUGUCACAAAACUUCCAAUUGAUCCUGGUUUAAGGAUACUCAUUUUGGAUUACAAUGCUAACAUCCGAGAUGAAGUUCGAAGAGCAUAUAUGUUAAUGGGUCCUUGUCAGCCCCAAGAUCAUAACUUUCCAAAACGACAAUUUGGAGUAACAAUUAGACGAUUCAAUCCUUCGUGGUUUAAAGAGUUCGGUAGUUGGUUGGAGUACAGUGUAGAGAAGGAUGCUGCUUAUUGUUUGUAUUGUUAUCUUUUCAGAACAAGUUCUGGAAAGCAAGGUGGAGGUGAGUCUUUUGUUGGCGAAGGUUUUAUAUAUUGGAAAGAUAAAAAAAUGCUUCAUACUCAUGUUGGGCUUCAUGAUAGUGCACAUAAUCAAGCUUGCAUUAAAUGUGAAGUGUUGACGAAUCAAGAGCAACACAUUCAAUCAGUUUUCUACAAACAGUCAGAACAAGCAAGAAAUGCAUAUGUUACACGCCUUAAUGCAUCCAUUGAUUGUGUUCGAGUUCUUUUGCGACAAAGGCACUCAUUUCGAGGUCAUGAUGAAUCCGAGGAUUCUCUCAAUCCAGGUAACUUCUUAGUGCAAUAUCAAUUUUUGGCUGCCCAUAAUGAAGUUAUCAAUGCCGUCACAUUGGGAAAUGCUCCUCACAAUUGCAAAUUGACAUCACCUGAUGUUCAAAAGGAUAUAGUAAAUGCUUGUGCUAUUGAAACGAUCAAUGUUAUUAUCAAAGAUGUUGGUGACUCGCUAUAUUCUAUUCUAGUUGAUGAAUCUUGUGAUAUGUCAAUGAAGGAGCAAAUUACCACGGCUCUAUCACUUAAGGCUGCAAUUGAUAAGGUAUUUUCUAGAUAUAACUUGAGUAUGUCUAGAUUGAGAGGACAAGGUUAUGAUGGAGCAAGUAAUAUGCAAGGUAAGUUUAAUGGUCUGAAAACACUCAUUUUGAAUGAGAGUCCAUGUGCCUUUUACAUUCAAUGUUUUGCUCAUCAACUCCAACUUGCGCUUGUGACUAUUGCAAAGAAGAACAUCCAUAUUACUAACUUCUUUGGUGUGGUUGGGAACGUAAUAAAUACUGUUGGAGCAUCUUCCAAACGAUGUGAUCUUCUUCGAGAAAAACAAUUAGACUUUAUUGUUGAGGCAUUGGAAAAAUGUGAGAUUUUAAGUGGACAGGGACUUAAUCAAGAAACGACCCUUCAGCGCUCUGGUGAUACACGAUGGAGUUCACAUUAUAAUUCUUUGGUCAGCUUGCUUGCCAUGUUCUCUUCUGUUGUAGAUGUACUCGCAAUAAUUAUUGAAGAUGAGUCUUGUUCUUGUGAUCAAAGAUCUGAUGCAACAAAUUUAUUGGAGUUGAUACAAAGAUUUGAUUUUGUAUUUAAUCUACAGUUGAUGAGAAGUGUGUUGGGGAUUUCAAAUGAACUGUCAAAGGCAUUGCAAAGAAAAGAUCAAGAUAUUGUGAAUGCAAUGCAAUUGGUAAGAUUGUGCAAACGACGACUCCAAAUAAUGAGAGACGAAGGGUGGGACUCCUUUUUGGAAGAAGUAUGCUCUUUUUGUCAAAAACAUUAUAUUCAUGUACCCAACAUGGAUGAUAUGUUUGUACGCCUUGCAAUUCGUGGUCGCCCUCAACGUAAUUCUCCAGAAAUUACAAAUUUACAUCAUUAUCGAGUAGAUUUGUUCUACUCUGUCAUCGACUUACAACUUCAAGAAUUGAAUGAUCGUUUCUCGGAAGUAAAUACAGAGUUACUCCUUUGUGUAGCUUGUUUAUGCCCCCCACAAGAUUCAUUUUCUUCUUUUGACAAGAAAAAUUUGAUUAGACUUGCUGAGAUUUAUCCAUUAGAUUUCUCUGCAGUAGAUUGUAUUGUACUUAGCGAUUAA